AUGUACUUUCUUGUUCAUGAUCUCACGCGCACUGGUCUUUCCUUUAUUUUCUUCGAGAGUUUCUUUGUGCAUGCUUCCUGUACCAGUUGUUUUGUCAUUUAA